AUGUCGUGGUCAACACGUUCUUUCGAGUGUGCAUUAGUUUUCAUCGUGCUCUGUGAGCUGCGACCAGCCUGGUUCACUGGGAUGGAGCUACAGCUACAGGGUGUAGAGCAAAUUUCUGGAACGGAGCUGAUCGAUGCUGAUGGAUUGAGAAUCAUGAAGUUCAAUCGUACCUUGGCGGUUAUGAAUGGAACCAUACACAUCACCAGAGAUAUUGGUGACCUCUUUGAAUUCCGUAUAUCAGUGGCAUACAGUCGGAUUGGCAAUAAUCAGUUCGUAGAGUAUCCGAUGAAGAUUGCGAAAGAAAAUGUGUGCAAGGUGCUGAAUGGACCAUAUCGCGAAUAUCAAUAUCUUUGGGCGAAUACGACCAAUUUCCCGCAAGUCGCCCCAGAGGAGCGCCUAUGCCCGCUUCCGAAGGGUUGGUAUUGGAUAAAAAAUUAUGCACCCGAUGCAGCGUGGGUGCCAUCGGUGGUUCCGGAGGGCUUAUGGCGGAUGACACUCGACAUUUUGGAUGUUGGCGGGGACAUUCAGUGCCAAUUUCGGUCGUACACUUGGCUUAGAAAACCUAUAAUUUGAGCAGUGAGAGUGUGCUUGAAUUUAAAUAUAAUAAAGUUUAGAGAUAGGUCAUUUGAAGCCGCAUGGUACGGAAUAGUGCUGCUGAGGCAGCUUAGUACUUUAAAGCAAUUCAUUAAUCUCUAUUUGAAGACACUAUUAAUAUUAAUGGGUGAAAGUUUCAUCUUCGUGUAAUGCACCUACCCUGAAUUUUCUUUCAUCACCCACACAUUAGGGACCAUGCAUAAAUUUCGUAGAAUUUCGUUUCAGAACGUCAGACCGGCUAUGAAUUGACGAUGUACGCUACGAGAGAGAGAGGGUGUCUAAAAUUGGACAACAAUAUGUUACUUCAUUAUGGAUGGCCCUUAUCCAUCACAUUCGCAUU